GUCGGUUAGGGCAGCGUAUAAAUGGAAUUCGUGAAGGUUAUAGCCGCCAUUUAUCGACACGCUUUCUUCUGCUAAACGCAAACCAGAGGAAACUAGCGAAAAUGGAGAACGGCAAUCACAAAGAAGUCCCCGACAACGCCAACGAACAUUGCCCCGGGACAGAAGCAGAAGAUGCCGGAAAAGCCGAUGCUUGCGCCGGUUGCCCUAAUCAAGAAGCUUGUGCUACUGCUCCUAAAGGCCCCGAUCCAGAUUUGGUAGCAAUUGCAGAACGAAUGGCUACAGUAAAGCACAAGAUCCUGAUUUUAUCCGGUAAAGGCGGUGUAGGCAAAAGCACAUUCUCAGCUCAACUCUCAUUCGCACUAGCAGCUAUGGAUCAUCAAGUAGGUCUACUCGACAUCGACAUAUGUGGCCCAAGCAUCCCAAAAAUGCUCGGUUUAGAAGGCCAAGAGAUUCACCAAAGCAACCUAGGUUGGUCCCCUGUGUAUGUCGAUUCCAUCGGAGUCAUGUCAAUCGGAUUCAUGCUUCCAGAUCCAGAUGACGCCGUUAUCUGGAGAGGCCCUCGCAAGAAUGGAAUCAUCAAACAGUUCCUCAAAGACGUUUACUGGGGCGAACUUGAUUUCCUUGUAGUUGACGCCCCACCAGGUACCUCAGAUGAACAUAUCUCAAUCGUCCAAUUCCUCAAAGAAACAGGAAUCGAUGGAGCCAUUAUUGUCACCACUCCACAACAAGUUUCUUUGAUUGAUGUCAGAAAGGAGGUGAGUUUCUGUAAGAAAGUUGGAAUCCCAGUUCUUGGUGUUGUAGAGAACAUGAGUGGAUUGUCUCAACCUGUGACUGAUUUCAAGUAUGUGAGACAAUUGAAGAAUGGAGAACAAGAAGAUGUUACAGAAUGGGCUUUGAAGGUGAUGAGGGAGAAAGCACCGGAGUUGUUGGAUUUGGUUGCGUGUAGUGAGGUGUUUGAUAGUAGUGGUGGAGGUGCUGCAAGGAUGUGUGUUGAAAUGGGUGUUCCUUUUCUUGGGAAAGUGCCUUUGGAUCCGAAGUUAUGUAAAGCUGCUGAAGAAGAAAAUGGUGUCGUUUUGAGUAGUUUCAUCAUCUGA